CAUACAAGCCCUGGAGCCUGGAGCCGGCACCUCCGAGAUGGGCCUAGAGGACUCCGGCCGCCGCAGAGAGGGGACCUCCCGGGGGCCCCACAGCAUCCUCCACGCGGCCGGGCUCCGGUCCUCCGCCCUGCGUCCCUCACGAGGCUUCCUCGAAGGCGGCAGAGGCGUGGACGGCCCGGAGGAGGCCCAGGCCGCCGGUCCGCGGCUGGAAGAGCUCAAGCGGCGGCUGGUGCGCGCCUUCCAGCGGGCGGUGCUGCGCGGCAGCUCCAGGCGUUUGCGGGAAGAGGCGGCGGCGCGGGAGGCGCAGAGCCGGGCGCGCGUGGAGAGCGCCCUGGCCGGGCUGCGCGCCGAGCUGCUGGAAAUGCGUUUCCAGAAUCGUCAGCUGGCCAGAACUCUGCUGGAUUUAAACAUGAAAAUGCAACAACUGAAAAAGGAGGAUGAAAUGGAAACUGCAUCAGAAUCGCAAAGCUCUGAAGAUAAUGCUCAGAAUCUGGAAUGAGUACAUGCACAGAUGAAGGUUUGAAACCUAGGAAUAAUGCAGACAAUGCCAAAACAGUUCUAACAGUAACGUGAUGGAUGCUUAGCAUAAGAUUUUAGGGGCAAUUUUUAGACCAAAAUCUUCUAGGCCAUGGGGAAGUGCCAGUGCUAUGAGAGGGGAGAGAGAAAAUGGUAUGUUGACAAGUUUGAAAGUUAUGUAUUGUUUUGUGUGGGACAUAGAGGUAAAAGAAUGUACUGAGACUUACUUGUUGGUCCAGUGGUUAAGAAUCUGCCUGCCAAUGCUUGUUUGAUCCCUGGUCCUAGAAGAUUGCACAUGCUGUGGGGCAACUAAGCCCCAAGCUGCAACUAUUGAGCCACAUACCGCAGCUACUGAAACCUGCGCGCUCUGAGCCCCUGCUCCGCAAUAAGAGAAGCUGCCGCAAUGAGAGAAGCCGCCGCAAUAAAAGCCGCCACAAUAAGAAGCCCGAGUGCCACAACUUGCUGUCUGACAGCCACUCGCCUCCAGUAGAGAAAGCCCGCAUAAUAAUGAAGAUCCAGCACAGCCAAAAUAAAUAAACUGUAAAAGAAGAAUGUAUGGAAGAAUGUCUUAGUGCCAAUUUCCAGCAUUUUCUCUUGUGCUACCUUAAUUUUCUGAUCAUACCCGAACUUUCAACAGUCUGUUCGUUUUUGUUCUACUUGAUUAUUCUUCAUUUGUCUGCCCAGUCAGCUGUUCAGUAGUCUUCCCUCUGCACCCUACCCCACCCCCGUUUUUGGAAGAAUUACUUCUGCCUCGAUUCCAACCAUACCCUUCAGGUAGAGUCUGCCAUUAAGGGUGACUCACCACCUUGGAUAUAGUCAUGCAAAUUAAGGCAGUUUGGUCAGAUUGUUCUUGGGAGCUUUUGGACUAGAACUAAGGGAGCAGAUGAGUCUUAGAAGGUGAUGAUGGAAAAGCUGUGGGACAGAGGGGCUUGGAAGCUGCUGGCAGCUACCAAGUGAGAAGGUGUGAGCUCUUUGCAGAAGAUUGAAACAGCACCCCUGAGAGAGAACUGCUUUUCCUUGGCUCUGGGGUCCAGCUGUUUAAAUCCCCAGUCCUGGCUGUCAUUAGGAUACAUGAAAAUUCUCUAGUAGCCUUCUAUUACAAUGUCCUUUUGCCAAAUCAACUGAGUUGGAGUUUUACGACUUGUAUGCCAAAGAUUCCUAACUAACACAAUUCUUUUGUUAUUAAGCUUUCAGGAGUUAAAGGGCUCCUGUUGAAUUAGAAUAGCUACCUUUACCUUAAACGUGCUGCCUCUGGAUGCAAAAAAUAAAGUUAAUUUUAAAAAUAGUUGCCAUAGUCAUAAUAAUCAUCUGUAAAAAUGAAUUUAUAAAACAGGUCAUUUGCACAUUUAAUUAACAAUAAAAAUUAGU